AUGCCGGGUGCCACGCUCCUGCUGCUGGCCCUGCUCCCUGGGGUCGCCACCUCGCCCAGCGGGCCGCUUGGUUCCUCUCCUGGACCCCCCACCUUCCUCAGAGGCCCCAGCAGCUAUGAGGCCCAUGAGCGCGGAGAGCAGUGUGCCAGUGCUUUUAGGAACUGUAGCAGCCCUGGGGCCCUUGGGGAGCUGCCCUCCCCCAGCCUGACCGCAUCGCCCCCAUCAGGCACCCUGCGACUGGACUGGCCCAGCCAGGGAUCCCCUGGUCUGCCCUGGGUGGAGAAGUCCAGGUCUGAGAAGUGGGGGCUCCUCCCCAGAGGGGCUGCGCCACCUCUGUUGUGUCACCCUUUCUUCCCGCCAGCGCCCCCAUUCCCCGCGGCGCCUGGGCCCUGGCUGCGCCAACCCCUUUUCAGUCUGGAGCUGUCGGACGCGGAGGACGCCUUCCCGCGCCGCGCGGGGCCACUCGAGGUCCCGGCCGACAGCCGCGUGUUCGUGCAGGCUGCCCUGGCCCGUCCCUCUCCGCGCUGGGGCGUGGUCCUGCACCGCUGCUCGAUGACGCCGUCCUCGCGCCCGGCCCCGGGGCCCGCCCUGGCACUGCUGCGCGGGGGCUGCCCCGCCGACUCCUCCGUCGUCCUCCCGCCACCGCCGGCGCGCCCGGGUGCUGCCGGUCCCCUGCGCUUCAGCUUCCGCCUGCGCCCGGUCUUCAACAACUCGGUGCAGUUUUUGCACUGCCAGCUGAGCCGCUGCCGCCGCCUCCGGGGAGCCCGCCGGACACCUGCCCCUCUGACGCUGCCGCCGCCAUCGCUGUGUCUGCCUCAGGAUGAGGCGUGCACGGGCGCCGGCAGCGGCAGUGGCGAGAGUCUGGGUGCCGACGGUCCCCACCUGCACACGCUGACGCAGCCCAUCGUGGUCACAGUGCCGCGGCCACCCCCCGGGCCACCCAAGGGCGUCCCCAGCAAAGCCGUGCGUCCUGAGCCUCCCGCCCCGGCCUCCGCGGCCCUAGAGCCCGCGCCCGUGGUGGCGCUGGUGUUGGCUGCCUUCGUGCUGGGCGCUGCGCUGGCCGCCGGGCUCGGCCUCGUCUGUGCGCAUUCAGCACCCCCGAACCCCGGUCCCGCCCCGAGAGACUCGCCCAGCGGUACCCAGCCCAGGAGGCCCCAGUAAGGCAGACUGAUGGAGGCGGCCAAUGAUCCGCUGGGAAGGGGGCGGCCUGCAUGGUGUCCCUCUGCUUCGCUCAGUCUGGGUAGCCCCUCUCCAGGGAUGGCACACCCCCAGCACGGUCCGGAGACACAACAGCCACGGCCUUGAACCAGGCCCGCCAGGACUGGACCGGCCCCGGUCGACUUCAGACCCAGCGGGACCACUGUCUCUGCCUCCUGAACCCUCCUGCCCCUGACCGCUCCUCCUCUCACCUUCGCACUUGGGCUCAAAAUAAACACCCGGUCUGACCUACUGAGUUCUGAAGUCUGCGUGUGCACUUGGCCCGUUUAUAGGGGGCAGGAAGCAGAGGCCUUGGGGACUUAGCCCACACACUCAUAUAUAUGUGUGCAGAUGGGGGCCAGGGGAGACCCAAGGGAGUUUUUCCCAAACAGAAAGGGACACCCAAUCCCAUCUGCUUAAGUUUUAAUAAGGUCCACCUUCGGGGCGCCUGGGUGACUCAGUAGGUUAAGCCUCUGCCCUCCGCUCAGGCCCUGGUCUCAGG